GUGGUGAAAACUAUUGGCCUGAGGGAAGUUUGGUUCUUUGGGCUACAGUACCAAGACACUAAGGGUUUCUCCACUUGGCUGAAACUCAAUAAGAAGGUGACCGCACAGGAUGUGCGGAAGGAAAGCCCCCUGCUCUUCAAGUUCCGGGCCAAGUUCUAUCCUGAGGAUGUAUCUGAGGAAUUGAUCCAGGAUAUCACCCAGCGCCUGUUCUUUCUGCAAGUGAAAGAGGGUAUUCUCAAUGAUGAUAUUUAUUGCCCACCUGAAACUGCUGUGCUUCUGGCCUCCUAUGCUGUCCAGUCCAAGUACGGCGACUUCAAUAAGGAGGUGCACAAGUCUGGCUACCUGGCUGGAGACAAGUUGCUGCCACAGAGAGUCCUGGAGCAGCACAAACUCAAUAAGGACCAGUGGGAGGAGCGGAUCCAGGUGUGGCAUGAGGAACACCGGGGCAUGCUUAGGGAGGAUGCUGUCCUGGAAUAUCUGAAGAUUGCUCAAGACCUGGAGAUGUAUGGUGUGAACUACUUCAGCAUCAAGAACAAGAAAGGCUCAGAGCUGUGGCUGGGGGUUGAUGCCCUGGGUCUCAACAUCUAUGAGCAGAAUGACAGAUUGACUCCUAAGAUUGGCUUUCCCUGGAGUGAAAUCAGGAACAUCUCUUUCAAUGAUAAGAAAUUUGUCAUCAAGCCUAUUGACAAAAAAGCUCCGGACUUUGUCUUCUAUGCUCCCCGACUGAGGAUUAACAAGCGGAUCUUGGCCCUGUGCAUGGGGAACCAUGAGCUAUACAUGCGCCGUCGCAAGCCUGACACCAUUGAGGUACAGCAGAUGAAGGCACAGGCCCGGGAGGAGAAGCACCAGAAACAGAUGGAACGUGCUCUUCUGGAAAAUGAGAAGAAGAAGCGUGAGAUGGCAGAAAAGGAGAAGGAAAAGAUUGAACGGGAGAAGGAAGAACUGAUGGAGAAGCUGAAACAGAUUGAGGAACAGACUAAGAAGGCUCAGCAAGAACUGGAAGAACAGACUCGCAGGGCUCUGGAACUUGAGCAGGAACGGAAGCGUGCCCAGAGCGAGGCUGAAAAGCUGGCCAGGGAGCGUCAAGAAGCUGAGGAGGCCAAGGAGGCCCUGCUUCAGGCUUCUCGGGACCAGAAGAAGACUCAGGAACAGUUGGCUUCAGAAAUGGCAGAGCUGACAGCUCGGAUCUCUCAGCUGGAAAUGGCCCGACAGAAAAAGGAGAGUGAGGCUGUGGAGUGGCAGCAGAAGGCCCAGAUGGUACAGGAAGACUUAGAGAAGACACGUGCUGAGCUGAAGACUGCCAUGAGUACACCUCAUGUGGCGGAGCCUGCUGAGAAUGAGCAGGAUGAACAGGAUGAGAACGGGGCGGAGGCCAGUGCUGACCUGCGGGCUGAUGCCAUGGCCAAGGACCGCAGUGAGGAGGAACGUACCACUGAGGCAGAGAAGAACGAGCGUGUGCAGAAGCAUCUGAAGGCCCUCACUUCAGAGCUGGCGAAUGCCCGUGAUGAGUCCAAGAAGACUGCCAAUGACAUGAUCCAUGCUGAGAACAUGCGACUGGGCCGAGACAAAUACAAGACCCUGCGCCAGAUUCGACAGGGCAACACCAAGCAGCGCAUUGAUGAGUUUGAAUCCAUGUAAUGGGCACCCAGCCUCCAGGGACCCCUCCUCCCUUCAUCCUUGCCUCCACACUCUAUACCAUUGCGUAACUCACACUGUGCUGGAGCCACUAACUAGAGCAGCCCUGGAAUCAUGCCAAGCAUUCAGUGCAGCCAUAGGACCAAAUCUACUUCCUCAGCCCCCACUCACAUCCCUGGGCAGACAAAUAGCCCACUGUGGUGCCAAUGGGACUCUUUUUUCCUUUUCUGUCCCAUUUAAUUUAGCUUGCUAGAAAGACCACUUCCCCAGCUCAGAGGCACUUUCCACUAGAUUUGGCAAACACUCCCACACUUACUGUUAUCUUAUGGGAAUCAAGUGUGGAGUAGAUUGAAAGCUAGCUCCCCUCCUGUGCCUCACCACAGCCUUCCUCUUUCAAGUCCUGUGAUUUGAAAGAUUGGAGUAUCACAGGGUUUAGGUAAGGAGGCAGAGCCCUGGCUAUCUGCUCUAGUAUGUCACCUGACCUAGGAUUUGGCCUCCUAAUGCCCAUCCCUUUUAGAGUUAUUUAGGCUUUGUAAUGAUUGGAGGAUAAAGAGAUGUGUAGUCAUUCUUGUUUCUACCUCCUAGGUUGGGCCUGUUAAAAACUCAGUCCCAAUAAGCCUUGUCCCUGAGUUCAGGGACUCAUUUUCUCCCCAGGGUGGGAUGGGGGAGACAGUGCCUUCAAGAGGCUUCACUGACAUCCCAGAAGGCCAUUGACUCUUCUGUUCAGGCAAGGAUGGGUAAGAGAUCCUGCCCCUAUGCCUUAUGGGAGCCUAAGCUUGUGUCAUGUAAGCCUAUGGGCAGAGGUACCCCUUUUUAUUCCAGGUCCUUGGUUAUUUCUCUGCAUCUGUCUCUUUACCCUCCAAUCCCCAAAUCUCCUCCAGCUAGAACAGCAGGGAUGAGUAACACAAAGCUCAGCCAGCCUCACCUAUAGCUCUUACCAAAAGGGAGGAAAUGUUCACAUCUGGCUUCAGUGUUUUCUAUGCCAGGAGUUCUAGGCCACUUCCCCUAUCAGAGAUACUAGAGCCACAGCUCCUGCUUCACAGCAGGCCUUGGUUCAGUGAGUCCUAGAUCUUUGCUGCCAGUAGGCUCAAUUAGGGAGUACAUAGAGGAAUCUGUGUAGAGAGAGAAUGCCUUGCCUCUAGUCCCACAGUUUACUCAACCCUCUCAGGUGCCCAAUAGUCCCUGCUCAUCACCCCUGUUCCAAGGUGGUGACUGGGCCCUGCCUCUGACAAACCUCUAACCCAGGUCUUGUCACCAGCUGUGCUGUCCCUUGGAACUAUAUACCAUAGAGCUUCUGAGUAUUCUGGCCUGGUCCCUUCCACACCCCCACCUCUUGCUCUCAUGCCAGGAGCAGCUUCUUUGUCCUAUCUCCUGUUUGCUCUUUUACUUUCUGCCAGUAUUAUAUAUUCUAGUGAUAUCUAAUCAACAUUGAUUUCUGCCUUUCUUGCUAAUGCAGUAUUAAUAGAUGUUAGUCUUGGGGCAGAAUCAUUUUGGCCUCAUUCCUUUAUCACCCCUACACCUAGGAAGCAUAUACUAUAUUAUUAAAGAAUAUUUUGCCAGAAACAAUUAUGUAAGCUUUCAGUAUUAGUGAUGUUACCUGUCACUAUAGGUCAUACAAUCCAGUUUUUAAAGUACUUAUUAUUUGGUUUUAUUGUUCCUGUUUGCCUUCUCCCCAGGGUUUAGUACCCAAGGGGCUGUCUUGUCCCUCCAUCCAGUUCCCCUAGCCCAGAACCUCCCUCAGCCUCCCCCCAUCCCAUACACCACUUAACCAUGGGGAGUCUUGUAUGCAUUGCUGUGAAUUAUAUUGACACUUACUAGGUGAUAUGUCCUAUAUCAGUUAAAUUCAAAUCUGGAAUUGUGGGGCAAUCUAGUUGCCUUAAGGGCAGUAACCCACCCCAGGGAGGUUGGGGAGAAAGGUUAGAUUUUAUAUUCAGGUUUUAUGUGUAUUUUUGGGUUUUUUAAAAAUUGUUUUGGAGGGGUUUAUGCUCAACCCAUGUUCUAUUUCAGUGCCAAUAAAAGUUAGGAAGACUUCA